UGCAGACGUUAGUGGGUGGGUACCGACAGGGUAGGCGGGGGCACCCUAUGCUGGAGGGCAAUAUGGGCUGGAGCAGAGGCGGGGAGUUCCAGGUCCCGCCUCAGAGCAGACUUCCUGGUCGAGGGACUCUCCGAGUGAGCUGCAGCGGCGGAAACGGCAGCAGGGGACCCCAGAGCCAUGGGGCGCACGCGCGACGCCAUCCUAGAGGCACUGGAAAACCUGACCGCCGAUGAGCUCAAGAAGUUCAAGAUGAAGCUGCUCUCAGUGCCGCUGCGCGAAGGCUACGGGCGCAUCCCUCGUGGGACGCUGCUGACCAUGGAUGCCAUGGACCUCACCGACAAGCUCGUCAGCUUCUAUCUGGAGGCGUACGGAGCUGAGCUCACGGAGCUGGUGCUGCGUGACAUGGGCAUGCAAGAGACGGCAGAGCGGCUGCAGGAGAUCACGCGCAAGGAACCUGGUGCCACACCAGCCCUGAUGAAGGCUCCUCCCCAGAUGGCAGCCAAGAUAGCACUGCACUUCAUGGACCAGCACCGGGCAGCCCUCAUCGCACGGGUCACAGAAGUGGAUGGGGUGCUGGAUGCCCUGUAUGGGAGGGUCCUGACAGAGGAGCAGUACCAGGCAGUGCGGGCAGAAACCACCAAUCCAGCAAAGAUGAGGAAGCUCUUCAGCUUUGCUCCAGCCUGGAACCUGACCUGCAAGGAUCUGCUCCUUCACGCCCUGAAGGAAACCCAGCCAUACCUGGUGGCUGACCUGGAGCAGAGCUGAGGCAUCUUGCCCAGCAGCCGCCCCCCACGUGACUGUUGGCAUUCCAGGCAUUCCAGCCAAAUCGUCCUGAAUCUGAUCUGUUUAUACACAAUAUAUGAAAAACCAGCUUGCACUUCUGUUUUUCCUACUCGCAGCCUGACAGCACUUGCAGGAUACAUACCCAAAUGCCACAGCAGCUCAGGUGAAGCUCUACUUCACUGCCUGUUCCCAGGGCAGCAGGCUCCCCAGACACUUCAUCCUUUCUGCCUCACAGUCACUGCGGAACAUUCCCUCAUUCACCAUUUGGUGACUCCUCCAGUGCUACCCCAGAGGGUCUGCCCUUCAGGCUACAGCUAGCCCUGUGACCAAGGUCUAAAAGUUAAAAUACGGUUAUGUACAAAGGGUGUGGAACUGUGGGGGGUCAGAUCUGUCAGAGGCAUUUAGAAACAGACUAUAUGGCUUCUCAUUUUUCUUCCCUAGGAAAAAAAGUAAUUGUAAAAUUAGAGUAAUUUUCAGAGACACGAAGUAUCAUCUAAACGUAAGACAGAAGAACACAAGCCACCAAGUGUAAUUCUAGGGUUCCUUCUGGCACUGGCACCAUCACCAGCAGGCUUAGUUGCUCCCACUGCUCCCUCCCACCCCCUGAAGGAAGGGGUUAUAGGUUAUACUUCGCUCAGAAAACAUGCCAACCACAAAAACAUCUAGGAAAUGAGUUCUACUGUUUCUUCUCUUGCCUAUAACAGGAAAUACGAGUAUUUCUCUCUAGCAAACAGCUCUUUUAAAGAGCCUUUCCAGAGGCUAUUAGGGAACCAGGAUCCCAAGCCUACUUCCUGAGUACACUUUGUACCCAAAUUCUGGCCUGGGGGGUAGGGGGGGCUAUGCAAAGCAACAGGCAGGGCCCAAGAAGGGCCAGUAUCCCAUACUUAGGAGUUAAAUCAUCAGACACCGGGGGAUCCAGGUAUGAGGGUACAAGGUGAUUGGUUCUGUGCCAUUCACAAUAAUACAUCAGCCCACAAUGACAAAGCUGUGUGAAGACUUCACUUUGAAUAACCCCACCUAGGUAACACAAGAAUUAGCAAAUGCAGUGUGUUUAUUCCCCCCGCACACACUCCCUCAAGGGUCUAUGUACAAUCUCAUUCUGACAGUCUGUGUCUAACACUUCCCUAUUCUGAUCUACUGGAUCAACAGAGCGACAAGAGAAAACAAGUGGUUUGCUAUAGGAGGAAGCUACCAAGAAGCCAAGAUGUGACUACUGUCAAGGCUACAUGGUCACAUGAGACUGCUCCUAAGCCUACUCACGACUCCAGGAAAGCUGAGCUUCCCCAAAAUAGGGAAUCAGCCCUAACACUAAGCAUCCUGUGGGCUCAUCUUUGUUUAGCCAACCAUUCCCACAAAAUACAUGCUGAUGCUCCCUAUUCCAUCCUCAACCCUCUUCUACCAAGUCUUCUUGAGUCUUAUAAUUCAAGCCUUAUUCAAUCCAAGAUGUGUUCACUUAUAUGUCCUGCAAGGACCUUACCAUUUCCAAAACUGAAGUUGUCUUCGUUUUACCAUCCCUUGACAUAUGGCAACAGCAGCAGCCUAAUCAGAAAACAAGAAAUCCUAGUGUGUUCCAUAAAACCCAGAUUUAGUCAGUCUUACUGAUGCUAGCUCUUCCAACAUCCAAGACCAACAUCCAACUAAUAUUCAAGACUAAAAGUCUUGCCUGAUGCUAGCUCUCCCAACUUACAUCCAAUCACCUUCCUUUUCAACUUCACUGCCCCCACCUGGCUUGCCCGUGUCCUACCUGCAAGAGGCCUCCUCCCUGCCUCUAGUCUACCACCUUCAAGGGCCUGAGUGACCAAAACUGAUCAUGGAAAUAGACUGUCUCACUUCUAACAUUAUACCUAAACUCUCCUUCCAGCCGGGCCCUUAAGGACCCCAUCAUCCAGCCUCUCCUAAUUUCCUCUUCAUAUACCCCAUGAUCCCAACAACACUAUUUGCUCACACACCCCAUGCCCUAGCACAUGCUGGUCUCUCAACUCUGGACACCUUGAAAUCUACCUGUCCUAGCCUGCCUUCCUCUGGGCUCCAGUGGCACUUCCAGUGCAGUGUCUCGUGGUAAAGUAAACCAUAUUGUAUGGUCUAUUUUCACAUUGGACUCUCCUCUUAGACUAAGCCUAAUAAAAAAACAUCUUUCCAACUUCA